CUUUGUCGUCCGUGGAGCAGCUGAAUUCGCUCAAUGUCUCCGUCCGUUCAUCUUCCAACUGUUCCUCUGUUUUCGCGAAGAGGUUGUACCAGAAGACCAACAGGGAGGUUUUAAGUGGAUACAACUGACGAGUUAAAUCAUCCAAUUGAUUAAAAUGUUUCAUCACAAAACUUGCCUGAAGUACCCGAGUAUAAACGCCUCGAUUUUCCCCGAGAACGACGAAUACGUCGAGGCGGAUUUGUACAAAGGUGGCAUCUUCUUGGGAUGCACCUACGGACUUGCCGCCAUGUACAUUUGGGCCGUCGGUAUUUUGGCGGCCGGACAAAGCUCCACGAUGACCGGAACGUACGCCGGCCAAUUUUCGAUGGAAGGCUUCCUGAACUUACAGUGGGCGAGAUGGAAACGAGUUCUUUUGACCAGAUCCAUAGCGAUUGUGCCCACUUUUAUAAUAGCCUUUUACAGAAACUUGGAGGAUCUGACCGCCAUGAAUGAUAUUUUGAACGCUGUCAUGAGUUUGCAGUUGCCCUUUGCGGCGAUUCCUUGCAUGGCAUUUACCAGCGAUAGUCAAAUCAUGAGUGAAUUUGUCAACGGAUUGUGAAUCGUUUAAUUUUUUAAUUUGAUUAGGUAAAAAUGAUUGUUGAUUUCAGCUUAAUGAAGACUGUUAACAUUUUAAUGAGUAUUGGAGUUAUUAAAUUUCAAACUUCUUGAAAUAUUAUCUAGAUACGACCUACAAUAAAACUACCAGAGACUUUAAUAAUUAUAUAUAUUUAUUACUAUAUACAAAUUACGAAUAUUAAAAUCGAUUGAACACACAUUAAAAUAAAUAUUAUAAAUCACAUCUCCUUUGACAAGUCAAAGAACUUAAUACAUAAAAAUAAGUGGCUAUUACUGACUACAUCUUCAGCAUCAUUCCAGCCCAUCAUAAUCAAUUCAUUUCUCAGCCUUCAUCCAUAAUAAUCCAUUUUUAGCAACACACACUAAUUUUCAAACAAAACAGUCACAGCCGUUCCAUUAGCGGUCACUUCUGCAAACCAAGAACAACCGUCAACAAACCAAAACAGCAGUUCGUUGCUUAAUUUCUUGUUCAUCGAGUCGAAAACACGCGACCCCGUCAAUCGUACAAUAACCGCUUAGCCAUUACGAUAAAUUUGUGAA